AUGUCCGCUCGACAAGCUAGUCGAUCUAAACUUAACAUCUGCCCUUUCCGUUGUAACACUCUCGUCCGGCCAUCGAACGACGAGAUGGGCGCGGUAACCCUGCAGUCAGCGCUGGGAAACCCCACGCUGCAGCAGCGAUGUAUGUAUUUGUGUAAAGGGAUAUUUAACUGUGGCAGUUUCCUGGGUCUGAUGGCACCGUCACGAAAGAAGAACCAGGAUGCUGAACUCACACUCAAACAUGCGCUGAUGAAUACAGGGGAACCAUGUAACAAGAUGGAGGCAGAGCAGAUGAUAGAUAAAGAUAGAGAUGGAACCAUUGAUUAUGAAGAUAUUAAUGUCAUCAAGGAUUAG